GGCAGCGGAUUUUGCAAAAAGGUGCACGGAUGAGCAAGCACGGACCGGUCCGCCGACUAAUUGCCAUUAUAAUAAGGCGCACAAGUUGGCCAGCGCGUCAGGCACGUUUUAUUUCUCCGUAUUAGCAUGUAGCCAGUGCCGCAGCGGGGAGAUAAUCGGGCGGAGGGAGCAGUUACAGAGAGGAGACAGAGAAAGGAAAGGAGGCUGGCAGCACAUGAUCACACAGGCUAUCCAGUCACACAUCAACCCAAGCGUUCAUAAUCGCGCUGGCGACAACAUAUGGGAAUACAACAAGGCGAGAUUGUGGUCACACCUGCGCGUGGAGGACACCAGAGGACCCGGGCUGGGGAGGGAAAAAGGGCGGCGAAAUCUGCCGGACUUUGCAUCCAACACAGCCGAGAGAGGGAAAAAGAAAGCGUGGAGGAAGCAGCAUCCGAGAGAAGAUCUGAAGUCAGCGGUGAUGACUAAAGGACUUCAAAGCUGAACAUAAAACUGCAGAAGAAAGAGCCAUUCCUGUAAGAAGAGAGAGCAUCGACUUCUGUGUCCACUUCCCAGAGUUUAUGGACUACAUGUGAAAGGAUACAGUCUGCACUCUUUGAAGGAUUCACAUUGAGCAAAUGGUGCUGCAGCACCUUCAUCCCUGGCAGCCCCACUUCAAAAAGGUGGAGGUCACAGGAUUCCAACUCAACCCAACAGUUUGAGGAUUGACAGGAGACCUGGAAAAGAGAGACAGUUCUUAUGUCAACCAUGAUGGCACCAGUAGGUGUGGUUAAAUCGCGGGCUCGACUCUUCCUGCUGUUUCUUUGCCUGACACUAUGUGCUGGCAUGCUCCAGUUCACUGCAGCCACCAUACAAGGGUACAUAGGAGACAGGGACAUGAUAUGUCCAUCGGUAUGCAGGUGUGAUGAGGACUUUAUCUACUGUAAUGAUCGUGGCCUGAGCUCAAUCCCAUCACUGCCCCCAUCUGCAUCAGUCCUGUACCUACAAAACAACCACAUAAACAACCCGGGACUGCCCACCUCCUUGGAGCACCAUCUUGCCGUCAGAGUGGUCUACCUCUAUGAUAAUGAACUGGAUGAAUUCCCCUUGCAUCUGCCACCAUCCGUCCGUGAACUGCAUUUACAAGACAACAACAUACGCACUAUUCCUCGUAGUGCUCUGGCUCGGAUGCCUUUGCUGGAGAAGCUCCACUUGGAUGAUAACUCUAUCUCUACAGUGAGUAUCGAGGACCAGGCCUUUGCUGACAACCCAAGAUUGCGGCUGCUUUUCCUUUCACGCAACCAUUUGUCGAGCAUUCCCUCAGGACUGCCUGCUUCUCUGGAGGAACUCCGUCUUGAUGACAACCGAAUCUCUACUAUCCCAACCCAUGCCUUCCGAGGUCUUGCCUCGCUUAGAUGUCUUGUCUUGGAUGGAAACCUUUUGGCAAACCAGCGCAUUGCAGAUGACACAUUUUCCCGCCUUUCCAACUUGACAGAAUUAUCCCUAGUCCGUAACUCCCUCCAAACACCACCUGUCAACCUGCCCAGUGCGCAUUUGCAACGUCUGUCUCUACAGGAAAAUGCCCUGACUCAUAUGCCACGUGGUUCCUUGGAUGGUAUGCACCGGCUGCAGAGGCUUGACCUGUCAGGAAACAACCUCACCACUUUGCCAAGAGGACUGUUCAAAGACUUGGACAACCUGGGUCAGCUUCUGGUACGAGGGAAUCCCUGGCAUUGUGGAUGUAACCUGCGCUGGCUGUAUGACUGGCUGCGUGCUCGCGGGAACUCCAUCACAGUCAGAGGUCUCACCUGCCACGGGCCUGACCGGGUGCGAGACAUGGCCUUGAUAGACCUCUCCAGCGAGAUGGAAGAGUGUGAGGUGGUGAGGACAGCAGGGACCAGAGACAAAGUAGGUGGAGCAGGGAUGGAUACCGUUACCACUCAAACCCCUCCACAGGGCUCCCUUUUCACCCUUCGAUCCAAGCGACCAGGCUUGGGUCUUCCUGACUCUGGCUUAGAUUACACCCUCAGCAGCAGCGGUGUGGGGAAGAGUCUGGCCCUCAACGUGAAGCCUCUGUCUCACAGCAGUGUCCGUGUUACCUGGAGUGUAGCACAGCCUAGCUCCUCAUUCAGGCUGAGCUGGCUCCGACUAGGCACUGGUAAUGCCAUGGGAUCGAUCACUGAGACUCUGGUACGCGGUGACCGUCGAGAGUACCUGCUUACCUCCCUACAACCUCGCUCCAGCUACAUCAUCUGCAUGGUGCCCCUUCCUGCCAGUUCAGAAGGUAAAGGGGCAAUGUCUAGUGAUACUGAUUCUGAUGAAGCUCUGGUGUGUGCAAAAGCGGAAACAUCAGACCUCAGCCCAUUAGAAGAUGAGGAAAGUCAAGAUUCACAGCACAUGACAGCACUGCCUCUGGCAGGGAUUAUCGGCGGAGCUUCAGCUAUCGUGUCUUUGGCUCUUAUUUUUGGUGUCUUCUGCUGGUAUGGACAUCGGACUGGGCAUCUGUGCCCCCGUGACCACUAUACUCGCAGCAACUCCCGAAAAAACAAGAACUAUGAUGAUUACAUUGAGUCAGGCACCAAGAAGGACAAUACCAUCUUGGAGAUCCGUGGACCAGGGUUCCAGAUGACCCCCAUGGCUGCAUGUCAACCAAUGCAGCCCAAACCCCUCAGAGAGGAUUACAUCAUUCACACCAUAUUCCCCUCCAAUGGCACCGGCCUCUACAAGGGUGUCAACCAUGUUUCCAAUGCAGGACAUGGCACCAACCGUGGCUAUAGAGAAGGAGGAAUCCCAGAUAUAGACUACUGUUACACAUGAUGUACUGUGCCAUAUCCUGUUCACAGUGUUAUUGGUAAACUGUAUAGAUGCACAAUUUCCCUUCGCAUGGACACUUCUGAAGCACCCCUCUGUGCCUUCUUCUUCUUCUAGUCUCCCAUUCCAAAUUACCUGCUGUUCACUGCACUGAAAGAACCGUUUGUGAUUAACUGGAUCUGAAACCUUUUGGGAACAGUUCACUGCAGGAAGCAGCAGCCGGUGCCCCAGGUGUAAAUGCACAGCUGACUGUUUCUUCACCAUCUUAGUAAUGGCCUGUGUGUGUUUUCUUUUCUGCUCUUUCCCUGUGACGUGUAAGCGAAGAAUGUAUACACUGUGGAAAGGUCAGACUUAGCGUAGGAGGAAGUAGAGUUUCUCUUUCACAGACAGGAGCCACAGCAGUCAAUUCAAAGUGGAUAAAGAAAUGAUUAGAAAUUGACAUUUUCGGUUCUCUUUCCUACUCACCAGACAAACACCGUAUGAAAUAUUAACUCAUUGUUCCAAAUGCCUCAAUAUAUUGAUGUGCCCUACCAGCUAUCCAAGGAAAGGGCUUUGUAAAGCUGUGAAUUGUUCUAUUUCAAACAACCCAAUAACCACGUGUCUUAAAGUAGGCUUGAUAUUACGUUUUUUAAGCAGUCGGCAGGCUGAAGAUCGUACCAGGGCUGCUCCAGCCUUGGUAAUACCUCUCAAGAUCAUUCACCUGAGAUCAGUAUUGUAGUGUUGCAUUGGAUGACUUGCAGCACAAGCGUGUAGAUAAUUUACAUCGAUACCGACCGGGCUGUGUUUGACAAAUGCUUUGCUAUUUUUAUCAGUGGUUUGUUUAGUAAUCAAAUCCUGCACAGCUCUCUUUACUUAUUUAUUUUGUUCCUUAUGUGAUGGUCUUUUGUCCCUGCUUAAAUUGCUUUUUUGUUCUUUUUUUUUACCCUCAUGUCUGUCAGUACUGAUGAAGCCCAGCUUUGAUGAAGACAGUGGAUUUGUUUCAUCCUAAUAACAAAACAAGAGAACUGAAGAAAAUAUCCUGAUGGCUGUCUCCAGGUUCAUGUUUUCUUAAACGCAACAGAGUGAAUUAUUGAGACUGUUUUUAAAGUGUAAUUUGACAAUUAGACCCGAUCCAAAGACUAGCAUGUCAUUUAACACCAAUCCCUCUUCUCAUUGUGUGCUUAGCCUGUGACUUCAGUUGCUUUCAAGCUGUCUCCUCUACAUUUAAAAGACAACAAGAGAAUCCGGACUGGACAGAAUACUCAUAAGACUCUUGUGAGUGAACCUUCAAAUGAGGGCGAGAACUGUGAGCGAGAGAGGAGACUCAAACCGCAACACUGUUGA